UCAAAUUCUCGGCAGCUACAGAGUGAAGUAUCCUGAGGGCAGCUCAGGUGUCAGACCCUAAAGAGACAUGCUGUUGGAAACACUUUUACUUCUAAAUGGACUGCUUAUACUGGUUCUCCUUUACUCCACUCGCAGAAGACAGAAAAAGGAACCUCCUCUAGACAAAGGACGUAUUCCAUGGUUGGGUCAUGCUCUUGAAUUUGUAAAAGAUGCUGCAAAGUUCCUGACCUGCAUGAAAGAAAAGCAUGGGGAUAUUUUCACUGUCCGUGUUGCUGGUCAAUAUAUGACUGUGUUAUUAGACCCAAACUCCUUUGAUAGUGUGCUGAAUGACACUACAUGCCUGGACUUCACCCGCAUCCGAGGCAUUCUCAUAGAAAGAGUCUUCGGUCUGCAGCUGCUGGGGCUCAAACCUAUGUCAGAGAGAAAAUGGAUGGAACAGCACUUUCAAGGGCUCAAUCUGUGGAAGCUCAGCAGUUCCAUGAGCGCUCACCUUCAAAGUCUGAUGAGUGACCACCAAGUCUGUAGCCCUUCAGAGUGGAGAGAAGAUGGCCUGUUUAGCUUCUGUUACAGUCUUCUUUUUAGGGCUGGAUAUUUGACAUUGUUUGAGAGGCGAGACAAUACCGCUGCUGUCUACAAGGAGUUCCGCAAAUUUGAUGAUCUUCUCACCAAAUUGGCUCGACGUACCCUGAAGCGAGAUGAAAAGAAAACGGUGAACACAUCCCGGGAGUGUCUGUGGGAGCUGCUGUCCCCACACUGGCUGAAGGGAAGGUCAGAGUCUGAUUCCUGGCAGCAGAGUUACCAUCACUUCCUGCAGAAAGAGGGAAUAGAUGCAGACAUGCAGAAAAAAGCUCUGCUGUUGCAACUGUGGACCACGCAGUGUAACGCUGGACCUGCUGCCUUUUGGGUCCUUGGCUUCCUGCUCACUCACCCUGAGGCCAUGGAGGCAGUAAAGUCAGAGAUCAGAGGCCUUUCCUCUCUCAAGGAUGUUUCACUCCAGUACAUCCCUGUUAACCCAAUGGAUGCACACAGCACACCUGUAUUUGACAGCGUUUUGAGCGAGACCCUCCGGCUUACCGCUGCGGUAAUGAUGACCAGGGAAGUAGUGAAAGAGAAGAUCCUGCACAUGGCCAAUGGACAGGAGUACCAUCUCAGACAGGGGGACAAAGUGUGUCUGUUUCCCUUGCUUAGCCCUCAAAUGGACCCACAGAUACACCAGGAUCCACAGAUGUUCAAGUAUGAUCGUUUUCUAAAUGAAGAUAAGACAGUGAAGAAUAAAUUCUACAAGAAUGGAAAAGGACUAAAGUACUACACCAUGCCUUGGGGUGCAGGGCCAAACAGCUGCGUUGGGAAGGAGUUUGCUAUUACAGCCAUUAGACAAUUUGUGUUCUUGCUCUUGACCCAUCUUGAUCUGGAGCUGUGCGACACUGAGGCUAAACUUCCAGCUGUUAAUCCUAGUCGCUACGGUUUUGGGAUGCUCCAGCCAGACGGAGAUCUGCAGGUCAGACUCAGACGGAAGAGGACGAAGAAUGAAAUGUGAAAAGUUAACUUUGUAUGAAAUCUAUUGAUUAGUAAACAUUUUUGAUAAAUGUAGUGUAGCACUUUUUAUUUUAUUGUAUUUUAAUAUAUCUAAUAUUUAAUCAACCUAUUAACUGUAUUUGUAUUUAAGUUGUGUGUUGUGAUGUAUUUAAUAAAAAUUUAAAA